CAACAAUUAACCCCAUUGAAACUGGGCACACGCAGUGCAUCCCAGGCCAAAGAGUGGGGAAGCAUUCUACAUCGAACGUAUUUGAUCUCACGCACACCAUGCACCCAAACAAUAUUCCUUUUGAUUGUGGUGGCAUCAGCCCCUGGUAAUUUUGAUGCGAGAGCAGUUAUUCGAAGAACAAGGGGAAGUGAUAUGUAUCUGGAAAAACGAUGGACAACCGUGUUUUUAAUCGGCCAAGCCAAAGAUAGGAACCAGAAUGAUUAUUUGGACGCUGAAGCUGUGAUAUACGGAGACGUUAUACGAGGGAGUCACAACGAUCAUUACCACAAUCUAACUCUGAAGACACAAAUUGGUAUAGAGUGGGCAGCAAGAUACUGUGAUUUCAGAUUUCUGUUGAAAGUGGAUGACGACGUCUUUGUCAGCCCUCGAAACCUGAUUGGUUAUCUGAAAAGGCCUGAGACCCCAAACGCCAACCUUUAUAUGGGAUAUUGUUUCUACAACGCACGUGUAUACCGUUUUGGUAGAUAUGGUGUAUCCAAGGAAGAGUACAAUAAAACUAAAUACCCAGAUUACUGCAACGGACCAGCAUAUCUAUUGUCAUCAGAUCUGGUAGACAAGCUUGCAGAAUUGCUUGACACCAAGAAUGUAUUUAAAAUGGAGGACGUUUACGUAGGAUUAUUACUAGAGAACAUAGGGGGUGUGAAAGCCACUCAUCUAACUCGACGACAUUAUUCAUGCUCUCACUUCCCAAAUAUGUUUGCCUAUCACAACUCGGAUCACCGCUUAAAGUGCCUGGAGGAACUGUUUGAACAAGAGACAAAGAAAAUGUUUGAGUACGAACUAAAUGAACUUUCCAAAGUCAAAGCGUAG